AUGAAGCGCUUGCAACACCAAGUUGCCUGCAUGAGAAGGUCCUUCUUUGAUCAGGGGUACCUUGACGAGCAAUUCAUCCAGCUUGAGGAGUUACAAGAUGAUUCCAACCCUAAUUUUGUACAAGAAAUUGUUACACUAUUUUACACCGACUCUGCAAGAUUGAUUCAGAAUAUCGAACAGGCACUGAACAGUAAGACUAUCGACUAUAGAAAACUGGAUGAUUACAUGCACCAAUUCAAAGGUAGCAGCUCCAGCAUAGGAGCUAAAAAGGUGAUUGAUGAUUGCACAGUGUUCAAAGAAUUCUGCAGUGUAGAAAAUGCUGAUGGAUGCAUUAGGACUUUUCAACAAGUCAAGCAAGAGUAUGCCAUCCUGAGGAGGAAGCUCGAAGUUUACUUUCAGAUCUUACAUUUUGAUCUCUUCUAUUAUUUGCAUCAAUACCAGCAUGUUUGAAAUUUCUGAUUAAGCGAGUAAUUGCUUGGUUUUUAUUCAGAUGGUGAGACAGGCUUCAGUUGCUCACACAGCAUGAGGUUCCCUGUUAGGUGCUGAAAUGGAGAUAUACUGCUAUCACUAAAAUUAGUACAUUACUACGGAAACAAUGAUAUAUGUUGUAAAUGAUGUAUGAGUAAUUAUAUCAUGAAUAUCUAAAUAUUACCAAUAAUAGUAACAAUGAUAUGUCACUUUAUAUUUCCUACCGCUUUUGAUCUAGUUGUUUCCCCUCCACCAGCCCGAGCUCUUUCCUUUCUUUGGUGGGUUGGCAGGAAGUGCAUCACACACUUUAUUGAAAGUCGCCGGUCUUAGUGGCCUGAUCUCAAGUUCCAAAUGGGUGAAAGUUCAUGGUCUUCCCCGCACUUUGAAGUCGAAAGGAAAUGCAGGGUUCAGGUUGGAGUGGUGGUUUGUCAAAUUCAACUAUUGAAAUUCGAUCUAUACUUAAAGGAUUUGGAUUUGGAAGCCUUGGGCUUUGAUUGCUGGAAAGACAGCCGUCAGAGUUCCCCAUUUGAAUCCGCUUACAUGAUUAUAGUAUUGCGGAAUUAUUUUCUGGGCCCAAAUUUGAAUAAUGACUC